GUAAUGCCCACUCCUACAUUACUGGUGCACACAUACAUACCCACAACCCCUUCUCCACUUGGCGAACAGCACAACAACCACUGUAUUUACCAGUCUGCCUCCAGAUAGACCACCCGGACGGAGCCCACGACACAGACUGCCUACUGGACUCCGUUUGUGGCUUUCAGAUACUCUGAAACUUUUCCAGAACUCCCUUCUUGUUAGAUUAGACUGCCUUUCAUUUUUGGGGAGUUCGUAACACCUGGAUUGUCUCUGCCCUGAGUGACUUUUGUCCAUUUUCACAUAUUCACUGUACCGCACUGGACUUCUACUCCCCUGCGAAUGCUGAGGUUGGCUGGAGAGCCUCAGAAGAGAGGAGGUGAAGUGGUAACCAUGUGGAUCCCGACCCCCAGCAUGACCCUCCCUCAGCGGAUGGUGCUGUACGGGACGUGUGCCGUGGCCUUGAUGAACUCCGUGGGCCUGCUGGUUCUCUUGGUCCAGCAGAACCGGCAGCAUGUCCGGCUGGAGCGGACGGAGGCGAGGCUGACGGAGCUGGAGCAGAGCUCCGUGGUGGAGUUCCUCCAGGAGGUGCCGAGGGGAGCGGCGGGGCUGCGGGCGAGCGCCGGGACACAACCGCAGUACCAGUACUCGAGGAACAAGAGGAGCGAGGAGAUGGAGAAGGCGCUACAGCAUGAGCUGCACCAUGAGGAGGAAGGGGAGCUCCAUCAGCAGGAGGUCAGCCAGGAGGUCGGAGAAGAAGCCGAGAAGAAGACGAAACACAAGCUCAGACACAGCCAGCACUACCACAAGGCACACGUCCAGGACGACAUGAUGAUGAUGAUGACUUACUCCAUGGUACCGAUCAAACUUUUGAUCGACAUUUGCAACAGCACCCAGGGAGUGUGCAUAGCUGGACCUCCGGGACCACCGGGUUUGCCCGGUACGGACGGUUUGCCUGGCCACAAUGGAACUGAUGGAGUCCCUGGACUGAAUGGACUGCCUGGGGCUGAUGGGAAAAGAGGAAAAAAAGGGCCGCCAGGUGAGAAAGGAGAACCGGGGGAGAAAGGGGAGGCCGGAGAGCCAGGUCCGCCUGGAGAAGCAAGCCAGGCAUCCAACGACGUCUUUAUUGAAGGUCCUCCUGGUCCACCCGGGCCUCCUGGACCCAUGGGACCUCCUGGACCUCAGGGACCCCCGAGAACAAGGCACCACCGAGCCCACCUUCAAGCUGCACACAGUCUGGGCCCGUUACACGGAAUUCCAAAUGACGAAACUUCCCUUGUGACAGAGGCUGUGGAGCUAAACAAGAAGCCACCUAAGAGGAACGAUUGCCUGAUCAAGUCUCUGAUCAACCCCAGAAAUGUGGCAAAGAUGGAGAACACAUUUGGCACAUGGAUGAAAGACACAGCUGAUCUCAACGACGAGCGCAUCUGGGUGGCUGAACACUUUUCUGGUCGUGUGAUAAAGGAGUAUAACAGCAUUGCCUCCUUCCAGAACGACAAGGGCGACACUGUGGAUGUUAAAAAGUUCUACCAAGGCUGCGGCCACAUUGUUCACAAUGGGUCCUUGUAUUACCACAUCGCUGGUAGCUCCAGCAUUGCCAGAUUCAACUUCCACACCAAGAGGCUUCAAACUCUCGCUAUAGACAACGCUUUGCACCACAACCUCGCCUACCUGCUCCACAACUCCAAGACGUACUUCAAAGUGGCAGCAGAUGAGAACGGCUUAUGGCUCAUCUUUGCGUCCAGUUUAGACGAGAGCAUCACGGUGGCUCAGCUGGACCAGAAGACCUUCUCCGUUACCACCUACAUAAACACCACCUACCCCUGCAACAAGGCCGGCAACGCCUUCAUCGCCUGUGGAGUCCUGUACGUCACAGACACCAAAGACACCAGAGUCACCUUCGCCUUUGAUCUGCUGAAGGGGAGGCCCGUCAAUAUGACGUUUGACCUGAGGUCUCCCGGCGGACUGCUGGCCAUGCUGUCCUACAGCCCUAAGGACAGACAGCUGUACAUGUGGGACAACAGCUACGUCAAGCUCUCCGUGGUCCACUUCAUCUCUGACGAAUGAAAAACGUGACGAUUACAUAAAACACUGAGAAGAAAAGGCCUGCCGACUACUAUUUAUUCAACCCACCACUGGAAACCGGUCAUAUUUAGGUUUUCAAGACACAAACAUGUGAUUGUUAACUUUCCUGUGACAUGUUCAAGUCAGAUUAAGAUCAAGUUACUUUGUUUUUGCUUAAUAAUUAUAUACUGCUGUAUUUAUAUCCAGUUUGCUAAGGACAUAUACGGUUUUGGGGUUACUAAUAGGCAAUAUACCGAUCAGCCACAGCAUUAUGACCACUGACAGGUGAAGUAAAUGACAUUGACCAUCUUGUGACAAUAUAAUGUUCUACUGGGAAACUUGUGGACCUGGCAUUCAUCGGUGUGGAUGAUCCUUAGACAUGUA